AACCAUGAGAGUGGCCCUCCUGGCCUUCAGACUGAUGUGCUUGGCCUGGUUCUGGCCUGUCACCCAGCUCAGCGGCAGCCACUUUGCGAACAAGAGGAGACACAAGGAGAUGUACGUCGGAGAGAACACCAAACAGAAGCAUGGAGGACGGGUGGAUCUAAAGAUGAAAAAGAUGGACAGCACCAAGUCUAUGCUAAUUAAGUCUGAGCAGCUGCUUCGGAUUGAAGACCAUGACUUUGCAAUGAGGCCAGGCUUUGGAGGUUCAGCUAUUCCUGUCGGCAUUGACGUCCAGGUGGAGAGUAUUGACAGCAUCUCUGAAGUAAACAUGGACUUCACCAUGACUUUGUACCUGAGGCAUUACUGGCAGGACGAUCGUCUGGCCUUCCCCUCCAGCAGCAACAAGAGUCGGACCUUCGAUGCACGUCUGGUGAAGAAGAUUUGGGUUCCUGACGUGUUCUUUGUCCACUCUAAGCGUUCUUUUAUCCAUGACACAACCAUGGAGAACAUCAUGCUGAGGGUCUAUCCUGAUGGUAAUAUUCUCUACAGCGUCAGGAUCACUGUGACGGCACUUUGCUCGAUGGACUUCAGCAGUUUCCCACUGGACACACAGAACUGCUCUCUGGAGCUGGAGAGCUAUGCUUACAAUGAGAAUGACCUGAUGCUCUACUGGAAGAACGGGAACGAUUCGUUAAGGACUGACGAGAUUGUGCUCUCACAGUUUUUCGUUGAAGACUUCCAGCCUUUCUUUGGGCUUGCCUUCUACAGCAGCACUGGUUGGUACAAUCGGCUCUACAUAAACUUCAUUCUCAGGAGGCACAUCUUCUUCUUCAUGCUUCAGACGUAUUUUCCCACCAUGCUGAUGGUGAUGCUGUCCUGGGUGUCUUUUUGGAUAGACAGGAGGGCCGUGCCUGCUCGUGUCUCUCUGGGCAUCACCACGGUUCUGACCAUGUCCACCAUCAUCACUGGUGUCUCAGCCUCUAUGCCACAGGUGUCUUACGUCAAAGCCGUAGACAUCUACUUAUGGGCAAGCUUCCUCUUUGUCUUUCUGUCUGUCAUUGAGUACGCCGCUGUCAACUAUUUCACCACAGUGGAGGAGAUGAAGAAGCUCAAGAGGGCGAAGGUCCCCAGCUCCUACAAUGCCACCCAGGCUAUGGCGUUCGACGGCUGUUUCCACGACAAUGAAAUCGACCUGACUUCUUUCCCGGAGGCCUCCAGCACCCCGAAUACAGAGAGGAACACCCAGUCUCGAAACUCCACUGUCUCUGGACCCACAGAGGGCACCAGGCUACGUCGAAAACACCCUGUUAUUCAAAACCUCAGCUUCAUCAUGAGCAACAGCUACAUGAUCGAUUCCUACUCCAGAGUCAUAUUUCCCUUGGCAUACCUGCUCUUCAACAUCAUUUACUGGAGUAUGUAUGCAUAGUACAUAAACUAUGCAUCAGAACGAACAGGAUUCAUUGUUGACUGUUUCCACCACUAUACAGUGUAACACCAACAGGCUGCAAUAAACUCAGAUUUGCACAGAGUCUGCUGAUGAGCGUAGGUAUCUUCUCUCGAGGAAGUAUUCAGCUGUAAACUUGAAGGAAAUUUGAGAUCAGCUAUUCAUUGAAUGACUGUUAUUUUUGCAGAUGUUGAUGUGUAUUUUUGGCAUGCCUGUUUUAUAAGAGAAGUUUUAAUCAUACAAAUAUAUUUACAUUUUUAUGAUUUUAUUUUGUUGUGGGAUCUGACACAAAGUAUUAAAUUGUGCAUUACUGUACAACAUCUUGAAGAAUAAAUGUAUGCUCUCUG